GCGGCCUUAGCAACGGCUUCCGAGCCUCGGUGAAGGCCACCGUUGGGCUGCACGGCGGGCGGGUGAGGACCUGGGCUCCCGGCCGAGGACGCCGGUGGGCGACAUGGCAUCCAAUGACUGCACAAAUUCAGACCAAUGGAAGACAAGUGCUGCAAAAACUGAAUUGAAUGAAACCCAAAACCAAGAAAUUAAAGAGGCCUUUGAGUUAUUCGAUGUUGAUGGGUCUGGAACCAUAAAUGUGAAAGAACUGAAGAUUGCAAUGCGGGCCUUAGGAUUUGAACCAAAGAAAGAAGAAAUUAAAAAACUGAUAGCUGCAAUCGACAAAGAAGGAACUGGCAUCAUUAGUUUUGAAGACUUUUUUGCCAUAAUGAGUAUAAAAAUGAGUGAAAAAGAUGAAAAGGAGGAAAUACUGAAGGCUUUCAAAUUAUUUGAUGACGACGACACUGGAAGCAUAACACUAAACAAUAUCAAGAAGGUUGCUAAGGAACUAGGGGAAAAUUUAACAGAUGAUGACCUUCAGGAAAUGCUUGAUGAAGCUGACCGCGAUAGGGAUGGAGAAAUAAAUGAGGAAGAAUUUUUGAGAAUGAUGCAAAAGACCAGUCUUUAUUAAUACUGUUUUUUGUUCCUUCUUGAAGUUAACAAAUUUGUAUUUGUUAUACAGUUCCAUAAUAUCUGAAUAUUCAUUUUCAAUUUUCAGUAUUUAUGUGCAUAAAUUGGUCUCUUGAUGUCUAAUCCAUGUGAGAAGUUAAAUUUACCACAUCAAGAAACAAAGAAAAUGUAAUGACUUCCUUGAACCAUGAAUCCAAGAACAGUAUUAAUUCCAACUGCUAUUAUUUUUCGAGCCCAGAGCCCAAAAACUUAGAAUUUUUUUAAGUUUAAUGAAAUUGGCCCCACAGGCAAAUCUAUUUGGUAAACAAGCCAUUAGUUUCCCUAUUAUUUUCCUUUUGUGCAACUCUUUAAAAACAGAUGAACAUUUGCUUUUUCUUCAGUUAUUCAAAUAUGUAAAGUAUUAAAUAAAACCGUUUGGCAACUAUGUUAUUUGCUAAUUUUCUUCCUAUAAAUCAAAACAGCACUUGUAUCACUCAGCUUUCCCUGUAAGUUUUACCCUAUAAGUUAGCAUUUAUUUAGUACUAAUAUCCUACGACAGGUGCUGGGAAUUUUCCCUGUUAUCUCAGUUAAUAUAUUACAACUUGGUAGUAUUAGCUCCAUCUGACUACAUAUGAGGAAACAAAAGUUCAGAGAAGUUAAAUUUAAAAAUUGCUCAAUUGCUCAUAGAUUCUAAAUAAAACAUGGAUUCUAAAUCUUGUAUCCUGACUCUUCAUUAGGCUGCCUCCCUAUGGAUAAAAUCUCUCAGGAUAAGUAUAUUUUCUAACUCAUUUAAUUCUAUGACUCUUGUAAUUUAAUUUUGUUUUCUAUGAAAGAGCCAAUCUGUUGGGAGAGGCAGUCUCCUGUGUGCAGUCUUUUGACCCCCAUUGGGCCACAUAUGAAUGGGCUCUGGGCCUGGACCACAUCCUUACCAAGAGAGAGCAUCCUCUCACCUUGGUUGGGAAUCUCUCGCCCUGUCUCAGACUCAAUGUACUUCCUUGUUCUACUUAUGCAUGUCAUACGGUGCCUGGCCCGCCCCACGGCUCUAUCUGUCCCCUUCAGAGGAAGGACGGGGUCCUGCUGCUGCACAGCAGGGGUGUGGGCAGUCCAACUGCCCCUUGUAAGCUUCUGGAAGGGACCUGGGAAGGGACCAUGGGAAACCCGACGCUCACUGCUGAAGCUGAUUCUGCUCUGCCUCUUGCCUAUGUGAGGAAUGCACUGUUCCAUCGAGUCCUGGGCUGCACUGUGCAUUCCUUGGCGGCUCUGGUACCAAGAUGCAUGGGCAAAAGCAGACUGACGACACGCAACAGAUAACGGGCAACAAAUUCUUCCUAAAUCCAAGUGAUGGUCUUUGGAGCAACAAGGAUUGUGGAAAAUGGAACUUUAAUUGCCCCACCGGGUUCAUGUUUAGCUCAGCUAAAAUAAAGACUGAAGUUUUCAUCAACACAAGAGAGGGUUUGUUAUUUGAUUGCAGCUAGAACGGCAUGUGCUCAGAACAUUCUUAAGUGUUUCACAAUAUCUUUAGUUCCUAAUUAUGUAGCAUUUUCUCCUAGACUGAAAAAAACAAUACCUACUAAACAUGGGUCAUCUGUGAAAAUUAUGGCCUUUAAGUUGUUAAAAGAUUUCUAUUUGUAAGAGGGCAACACACUUAAAAACACACACGAACAAGUUCAAAAGAGUUCUAAAGAAAAGGCUCCUUCCCAUUCGAGCCCCCGUUCUCUCCUUAGACAAUUAUUUCACCAGCAUUUUCACCAGAAUUGCAGAGAAUGCAUGUACAUGCAAAUAUAUCUGUAGAAUUAAUUCUUACAAGUGAAAUAGUUGGGUCAAAAGCUAUACGCAUUUUAAUUUAAGCAGUUUUAUUUUGAUAAUUGCCUUCUAAAUUUUUGCCAAAUUACAUUUCCAACAGUAUAUGAAAUGCCCAUUCUUUGAUAAGUUAUUACCAGACUUUUGACUUCUGCCAGUCUGACAAGGUGCAAGUCAUAUCUCACUGUAUUGGGUUGUCA